AUGUUCGAGUCUGGUCCGGAGCACUCGAGUGGGUCUGUAGUAUUUAUCGCAGGGCUCUUGGACGGGUACAAUGCUCUGCCGUAUCUUCCUCUACUGAGUAAAACCGUUGAGGACCAGCUCGGAUUCUCGUUGAUUCAGGUCAUGCUCUCGAGUAGCCACAAGGGAUACGGAAUAUCGUCGCUCCAGGAAGAUGUGCGGGAGCUCGAUGUGCUCUUCACGUUCCUACGUGAAGAACGGGCUAAAACGGCGCUGUUUAUCAUCGGACACUCGACCGGAUGCCAGGACGCGAUAUCGUACGCGAGCUACGGCCAGCAUCGAGGGGCCAUACAAGGGGUCGUCUUGCAGGGGCCUGUCUCAGAUCGCGAGUUCAUGGCAUCUUCGAUGGACAUGUACGGCAAAUAUCUGCGUCUCGCUCAAAGGAUGAUCAAUGAUGGGAAGGGCCAGGAGCUCAUGGUGAGGGAAGUUGAUGUUGCCCCAGUAACGGCGUAUCGCUUCAACUCACUGGCAUCUGUAGGAGGCGACGACGAUAUGUUCAGCUCAGACAUUCCUUUCGAGCGAAUGCAAGCGCUCUUUGGACAGGUCAAAGUACCUGUGAUCUGGGUGCACUCGGGAAAGGACGAGUAUGUCCCCGACAAUGUCAACAAGGAACAACUUGUAUCGAAGCUGACCGCAGCCUGUCCUACUUCCGCUGGAGCCAUUGUCCUUCCGGACGCGGAUCACGCCAUCUCGGAUCAAUUCUCACAGGUCAAGUUUUGUGAAGUCGUCGUGCAGUUCGUUCGACAGAUACAGGAGCAGGUGGAGCGUUUCGAGAGAGCACAGCAGCAAUCCCUCAGAGAGCUUUCUCUGUAA